AGAUGUGUCGGUGGUGGCCUUUCUUCAAAGUCCUACUUCACUCUUUUGAGCGUUACAUUUCCUCUGCUCUCACCUGCUCUCACUCUACUCAACUCAAACUUCCCCCACCAUUUUCUCUAUCUUAGAUCCAUUUCCAUCAUAACAUUUUCAUUCAAUCUUCAAGCAACCAUCUUAUCCAAUCAUCACCUUAUUAAAUCCCCAUGUUUUUCUACUGAAUUUUUUGUAGAAAGAUUCAAUUUUUCUUCUUCUGGGAAUUUUCCAGUUUUGGAAAAAUAAUAAUAUGCAGAGAUCUGAAAGAGAUUAUCCAAGAGAUAAAAAGAGAGAAUCUUCAAAUUGUAUUUUCGGGUUUGGAAAUUGGAUCUCUAGCAUAAUGGUGGAUCCAAGACAGAUUCUUGCUGGGUUUCUUACUGUUACAAUGUUUGUUAUGCUGGCUCAUAUGAUCAGAAGAGACCAUUUCAAUUCCAAUACUCAGGUGAGGAUGUCAUCAUCUUCAAAAACCCAAUUUGAAGGAUCCAAGUUUGCAGAACAAUCUGCUGUUGCAAUUGAUAGCAAUGGUCUAUGGAGGGAUGAUGCUCCUGAGCUAAAACCUUGUUGGUCUAAUCCAAGCAUGGAAGAAGGAGACCAGUCUGAGGGAUAUGUUACUUUCUCCUUGACUGAUGGUCCAGAAUACCAUAUCUCACAGAUUGCUGAUGCAGUGGUAGUGGCAAGAAGCCUUGGUGCAACUCUUGUAAUUCCUGAUAUCAGGGGAAGCAAGUUGGGGGACAAGAGGGAUUUUGACGAUGUCUAUGAUGCUCAGAAAUUUACAAGUAGCUUGGAGGGGGUGGUAAGGGUAGUAAAGCAACCACCUUCAAAAAUAUCAAUGAAAAAGCUUGCAGUUGUGAAGGUUCCAAAUCGUGUUACCAAAGAUCACAUUUCCGAAAAUAUUGAACCGGUUUUCAGGGAAAAGGGCAACAUCAGGCUAGCUACAUAUUUUCCGUCAGUAAAUAUGAAAAAAGAUAAAACAAAGACCGAAAUUGACUCUGUUGCAUGCAUGGCAAUGUAUGGGACUUUAGAGCUCCAACCAGAGAUUCGUGGAGUUGUGGAUUCGAUGGUGGAGCGGUUAAGGACAUUGAGUCGAAAGUCAGAUGGCCGCUUUGUAGCUGUGGAUUUGAGGAUCGAUGUUUUAGAAAAGAAGGGGUGCAAGGAUAAAGCUGGUUCUGCAUCAAAGAAUUGUUAUGAUGCUGGAGAAAUUGCUACAUUUCUAAGAAAAAUUGGAUUUGGCAAGGACACGACUAUCUAUUUAACCCAAUCGAGAUGGGACAGCAGUCUAGAUGCACUAAAGGAGCUCUUCCCCAAAACUUACACCAAGGAGGGAAUAAUGCCUAUGGAUAAAAAGGACCAAUUCCUUAAUUCAGAAACCCCAACACUAGAAGAGGUGAUGGACUUCUACAUCUGUUCUGAAAGCAAUGUUUUUGUACCAGCAAUCUCAGGCCUGUUCUAUGCCAAUGUUGCCGGGAAAAGGAUCUCUUCUGGUAAAACACAGAUUCUUGUUCCGUCCGAUAUAUCUGGUUCUUCUGCUUCCCCAGAUAACUACCUUUCUCAUUAUGUCACCAAGAAGAACCACUUGGCUUAUUCAUGUUUCUGCUGAUAGUUUUUCAGAAGAAUCAGAGAAGAAAAAAAUAUAUUGGCCAUACCUUUCAUAAUAGUGUCAGAAUUCUGAUAAAACAGGUGAAGUCAAACCAUUUUGGGUUUAGUCAAUUGAUGGUUGAGUGAUUUUUCAUACUUAAAAUUCAGGGUAACCUCAGGAAAUUUGAGGUUACACGAUCUUUAGAGAUACAGCUUGUAAUAUAUUUAUUUAAGUUGUAUUGUAGUGAUUGUAAACAGUGUGAUUUCAACAUGUUAGUUUGGUUCAGUUUGUGGCUUAUUGCAAUAUUACAUGCCAGAUUUUUGCUC